UAAAAUACACAGCCCUCCGCCGGGAAAGGCUGCUAUUUUCCCAACGCCUCUUCAUCUAGUUUUGUGGACUUUCUUGUUUUGAUAAGCUUUUCUUUUGUGUGGAGCAAGUGAUCACCAACGCUGUUUAACGAGGGGAAUCCAGCCCAUAUAUUUAGUGUAGCCGGUGCGAAAAAAAAAUUCUCUUCAAUAUCCCCCAAGAUGGCCGCCGAUGUGGGAUCGAUGUUUCAAUAUUGGAAGAAAUUUGAUCUACGGCGGCUUCAGAAAGAGCUGAACUCGGUGGCGUCGGAGCUGGCUGGACGACAGGAAGAGAGCGAAGUUUCCCACAAGCACCUGCUGGAGCUCAGCCGCGAGUUCAAGAGAAAUGUCCCCGAGGAGGUUCGGGAGAUGGUGGCCCCUGUCCUCAAGAGUUUCCAAGCCCAGGUGGUAGCACUUAACAACCGAAGCAAAGAGGCGGAGUCUGCUUUCCUUGGAGUCUACAAGCAGUUGAUUGAAGCCCCAGACCCAGCUCCCUUGUUAGAGGCCACGCACACCCUGGAGGACAGGCUGCAGCAGCUACAGAGCUCCGACCCCGACAGCCGACCCCUGGUCGUUGAGAUUAGCAGGCACUGGAGAAGACACCUAGAGAGUCUCGGCAAAACAGACAACACGGAGGAAAAGCCAGCAGCAGUGGCAGGGGGGGCAUCGUCUCGGGAACCCUGCACGACCCCCCCCAACAGCACACGCACCUCCGGCAGGGUUCCGAUGCAAGAGCAUCAGAUUGUAGGUGAGAGGAGCGGGAGAAGCUGGGCGCCUUGCGCCAGGCUGGGGGAGGCUGAGGAGAAGAUCAGAGUGCUUCACUCAGCACUGACCACCACCCAGACAGAGCUGCUGGACCUGCGGUGCAAGUAUGAUGAAGAGAUGGCUUCCAAGGCUGCCGAGGUCAGUCGGAUCAUGACAGACCUGGAGAAGGCCAACCAGAGGGCGGAAACGGCGCAGAGGGAGGUGGAGAAACUGAGGGAACAGCUGGCCGGCGCCAACAGUGCAGCCCAAACCAGGAGCCGUCUGUGUGAGGGAACCAGCGGGGAGAAAAGUGAGUCGGAGUGUUCGUCAUCCCGGCUGGAGACCGCCCUGGUGGCGAAGGACAGGGAGAUCCUCCGUCUACUGGAAAAUGUGCAGAGACUGCAGUUCACCUUACAGGAAGUCCAGGAUAGCUCAGCCAAUCAGAUUGCAGAGCUAGAGCGCCGACUUGCCUACAAGACUGAUGCUAUUGAGAGACUGGAAGCCAAGCUGCAGUCCCAAGUGGAUUAUGAGGAGAUUAAAACUGAACUCAGCAUCCUGAAAGCAAUGAAACUCGCCUCAGCCAAUGGCAGCUCUUCGCAGGACUCCUCUAAGGCAGCCGAGGCCCUGUUGCUGGACAAAGAGGCCUUCCUUUCCUCACAGAAGUACCUUGUGGAAAAGUCCAGGGUUUUGCACAGCAAUGAUGAGGAUCAGUCGGAGGACUCGGGGAAGGAGUCGGGAAGGCCCGUGGGCUCCUUCUCCUCCCCUCAGAGGGCCUUGCAGCUGGAGGGACGCGCCUCCUCCAGUCCCGGGCCUCCUGUCGCCAGCGGGAGCGCCUCCACCCAUGACCUCUCGCGCCCCUUCUCCGUCUCCCCGUUCCCGGGGGAGAAGCUGGGCGGGGAGCACCUUCUGCAAAAGCAGCUCCUCUCUCCUCUCUUCAAGAAGGAGGGCAACCCCCUCAUGGCCUUCCCCACGGCGCUGUACGCGGCUAAAGCCGCCCUCAUGUCCGCCAAUCAGGGCCCUCCGGCGGGCGGGGCCGGGGACACGGGCCCGCCCAGCGACCAGUCGGAGAGCGGGAGCUCCGGCGCCGGCGACGACGACCAGCUGGACACGGCGGAAAUCGCCUACCAGGUGAAGGAGCAGCUCCUGAAGCACAACAUCGGUCAGCGCGUCUUCGGCCACUACGUCCUGGGGCUGUCCCAGGGCUCGGUCAGCGAGAUCCUGGCCCGCCCCAAACCCUGGCGCAAGCUGACCGUGAAGGGCAAGGAGCCCUUCAUCAAGAUGAAGCAGUUCCUGUCCGACGAGCAGAACAUCCUGGCUCUGCGGACCAUCCAAGUGCGCCAGCGAGGGAGUAUCACUCCCCGCAUCCGAACUCCUGAAACUGGGUCAGACGACGCCAUCAAGAGUAUCCUUGAGCAGGCCAAGAAGGAGAUCCAGUCCCAGAGAGGAGGUGACGCUAAGUCUUCCCUGGGCGGCUCUUCAGCCAGAAGCAGUAAUGGGGGCAGCAGCAGCUCAGACGACACCAUCAAGAGCAUCCUGGAGCAGGCCAGGAGGGAGAUGCAGGCGCAGCAACAGGCCCUGAUGGAGAUGGAGGUGUGUGGACGGGGCACGUCCGCGAGCGUGGCCGCUCCCACGAGCGGGCAGGGCGGGGAGCGCCCGGUUCUCUGCGAACCGUCGAAGGGGCUCCCGCCGUCGGCCUUCAUCAAGCAGGAGGAGGGGAGCGCGGUGACGGUGUGCGUGGCCAACCCCAUCAGCAGCCCCCAGACCCCGCUGAGCGUCCUCUCGCCCGCCGCCUUCGUCCAGAACAUCAUCCGCAAGGUCAAGUCUGAGAUCGGGGAGGCCGGCUCCUAUUUCGACCAGCACUGGUCGGCUGAGCGAGGCGGCAUAAUGGUGGGCGGAGCCGGCGGCAGCAGUGGCGGCGGCGGCGGCUCUCGCCCCUUCACCUCCGUGUCGCCUUCCCUGUCCUCCUCCUCUUCCUCCGGGCACUCUACCCUGCCCCGCCCGUGGCCCCGCCCCGAGAACGGCGAAAGCCUGCCCAACAGCGAGGAGGCGUCGGCCGCUGAGGAGGAGGCGGGGCGGCCGGUGGAGGUGAAGGUGGAGGCGGAGGUGUCUGUGGUCGGGGAUGCCCCUUGCCCAGGGAGGCUGUCCUACUACCCAGCCUACAUACCGCGUGCGCUCAAGCCCACGGUGCCGCCCCUGACCCCGGAACAGUACGAGAUGUACAUGUACCGAGAGGUGGACACCCUCGAGCUCACCCGGCAGGUCAAGGAGAAGCUCGCCAAGAACGGAAUCUGCCAGAGGAUCUUCGGAGAAAAGGUUCUGGGCCUGUCUCAGGGGAGCGUGAGUGACAUGCUGUCCCGACCGAAACCCUGGAGCAAGCUGACCCAGAAGGGCCGGGAACCCUUCAUCCGCAUGCAGCUGUGGCUUCUCGAUCAGCUGGGUCAAGGUCUGAGCCAGCCGGCCAAUCACAGCCUCUCUCUUGAUAAGAGUCCCACGACAGCUCGGUCCUCGCCCUCGCCACCCCCCAGCCCAGAGGAGAGCCAGCCCAGCCCAUUGCCGGAGCCCGUCAGCCUGGCUCUGGAGAGCAGCAAGGAGAACCAGCAGCCGGAAAGCCUGGGCCCGCGUGCCGAGCCGCCCGGCGGCAAGUCCACGUCCAGCCUCCUGUCCAUUCACCCCUCCCACACCUCGCUGGGCAUCCAGGAACUGGUGGCCAUGUCCCCUGAGCUGGACACUUACUGCAUCACCAAGAGGGUGAAGGAGGUGUUGACAGACAACAACCUGGGUCAGCGCCUGUUUGGGGAGAGUAUCCUGGGCCUCACACAAGGCUCAGUGUCAGACCUGCUGUCCAGACCCAAGCCCUGGCACAAGCUGAGCCUGAAGGGGCGGGAGCCCUUCGUACGCAUGCAGCUGUGGCUGAACGAUCCGCACAAUGUGGACAAGCUGCGGGACAUGAAGAAGAUGGAGAAGAAAGCUUACCUGAAGCGGCGAUAUGGGCUCCUGAGCACAGGGUCGGACAGCGACUCCCCUGGUACCCGCUCAGACUGCGUGAGCCCUGCGCUCAGCGCAGUGGACCUGUGCCCCUUCGGCCAGGCCAAGAAGCCGCGCGUGGUGCUGGCGGCUGAGGAGAAGGAGGCCCUGAAGAAGGCCUACCUCCUGGAGCCCUACCCCUCCCAGCACACCAUUGAGAUGCUGGCCGCGCAGCUCAACCUCAAGACCAACACGGUCAUCAACUGGUUCCACAAUUACAGGUCCCGCAUGCGGCGCGAGGUCUUCAUGGAAGGUCUCCAGGACAACGACACGGACGCGGAGCCGAGCGGUUUCUCCACGCCCCCGCCGCAGAGCCCCACCUCCGACUGUGAGGACAGGAAGCAGCCGCACCCCGGCCACAGCCCCCACUACGGCCACCUGCCCAGCGCCGUGCGGAGCCAGCUCGUCGUCAAGCAGGAGGCCUACGAGCUGGAGGAUGAGGAGGAGGAGGAGGAGGAGGAGGAGGAUGGACGGGAGGACGAGGGAGCAGGGGCGAGGAAAAGGUACAUGAAGCACUCUAAAACCAAGUGUAUCUCCACGGGCGUGCAGUUCCCCCUGCUGAAGACGGAGCGCGAGGAUCCCGUGGCCUGCUACAGAGAGCUGUCCUCAGGCCAGCACUGCCCCAAGGGCCUCAAGGAGGACUCUGCAAUGUGCAGCCAAGUGCCGGCGGCCUUCCCUGGAUCCCUCUCCCCCGACAGCCCCCAGAGGGCCGGACAGUCUCGGCAGGAGGGGGGCGACGACCCUGAGAAGUCAUCGGUGGACCCCGUCAGCUUCAAAGCCUCCUCAGAGCCGUCACGCAGCAGCCUGGAGGUGUCCCUCAACUCCCCCUCCGCCGCCUCCUCGCCGGGCCUCAUGAUGUCCGUCUCCCCCGUCCCGUCGUCCUCCGCCCCCAUCUCCCCGUCACCUCCCAAUCCUGCCGCGACAGCGGGCGCCAACCCCGGCUCGGAUCCCGCAGCGCCCCCACAGAACCUCCCCAAACUCAACAAGAGCUCUCAGAGACGCAACGAGAAGAUGGCCAACCUCAACAACAUAAUCCACCGGCUGGAGCGCGCAGCCAACCGCGAGGAGACCCUGGAGUGGGAGUUCUAGAGCUACCUUCCUCUCCGCACACCCCCUGCCCCCCCCCUCCCCCAGCCCUCCCCACUUUUUAAAGUUCCUUUUUCUUUUUUUCUCUGUGAGCUGCAGACAUGGAGAAGGACUCUGAAAGAGAACGCGUCGAGGUAACUGCCGAAAAAGAGUCGCCCCCCUACUGGGCAGAGGAGCCUGGCUCCUGGCGCACCCUCCCACCCCCGUCUUCCUUGUUCCCCUUCCUGCCGUGAAUCCUUCUGUAGAGAAAGGAUUACUGCAGAGCAACUUUCCAACUCUGAUGAACUACUCAGAGAACUUUUGAAAAUGGAGAACAACAACAAAAAAAAACAAACAACAAAAAAUAAGAAAUUAUUUAUAAGCGUGUUUUAGGUAUUUUAAUAAAGGAUACUACUUUCAAAUAUAUGUAACAGCCCUAGCUGUUGUGUUUUAAAUAGAGGAGGAAACCUCUGAUGUGAAGACUUUGCAGCUGUGGUGUCAUAUGAUGCACACUGAAGUUCUGUAGUUUGCCACUGGGUGAGAUUAAAAAAAAGACUUCUGUCUUAAGCCAUCAAAAGCACUAUGAUUAUUUAAAAAAAGACUGACCAAAUUUGCUACUUUUUGAAUAGCAAUUUUUCAGAUUUUUGUCUUUAAGACAUUAUAGAUAAAAGUCAAGUUACUCACAAAAAAACUUAAUACUUACUGAGGGAUAGUCCUUAAAGACUCUAAAAUAGCAAACAUCUCCUAUGUACUUAGUUUCUUGGUGAUAUGUUUUGGAACAUUUGUAACACAAAAGCGUGUCAUGUGUGGUUGUACAUGUUGUAGAAUUGUCUGCAAUAGCCUUCUCUGAACAAGAUGUAGCAUGGUACUCGACUUACCCUCUUAUCCCCUAUAGUUAGUCACCUGUGAUACACUUGAAAUUAAAAAAAAACUGAAAAAGUCUUAAAAAUUACAAAAAAAAGAGAAAAAAGGAAAUGCAAAUAAGAGUAGGACCUUGUUAGUGGAAGUGUUUUUUCUUUAAGACUACAUUGCGGUUUACAGUGUGGCCGUUUCUCAUGUGCUUGGCAGUGAGGCCGGGGUUUGAUUCACUACACAUGAGCACAGUUUACACCAGUUUGGUUUUCCAUCUCAUAAUUACCUCUUAUGUCCUGUAGGACAGUGAUUCUCAACUGACUAUUGGCCGACAAACACCUGGGUGCUGGCAGUUUUGAAGGAUGCACAGUAUAAUUAAAAUUUAAGCGUCAACGUUGAGAAGUGCCACAGCAGCAACCCCUUCUAACAUCAGCUGUUUGCCAGUGCCGGUGUUGCUGUGAAGUUUUAAAUGGUCUUCUCCAAUUUAAGAUUGCUUAAAAUCAAGGGAUUAAGGGUUAAUCGCAAGCUAAAAAGUAGCAUCUCCAGAUGAACUUUUUUCCACAUGUUUACACGACAGUUGGGCAUCAUUAUGAUUUUGGAAUCCAGUUUAAAUUGGUUUGAGUGAAUCUGUGUUUGAGAGAGAGUGGGAGAGAAAGGGAAAAUAAGAAGACUAUGGGAAAAAGAUUUACAGAAGAUGAUUCAGCACACCAGGACUUGUCACAGGUCACAGUGGUUGAGAGACACUGCUCAAGGACAUGCCCAUCUUGCCCUACACAUCAGGCAGGUUUACUGUACGUCUCUUCUGUUCUUAAUUCCGUUCUUGCCUGUUGAAGUUUACUGGGGCACCCCCAGUUUGCUCUCCCUACUGUACAUUUUAUCUCAUUGAAUUUGCGCAAAGGUAUCAACAACCCCCCCUCAGUAUAUACUGUAUAGUUACUGUCUUUGGGAAAUAAUGUGUAACUGAGGUGUUCUACUUUUGAAGGAAAGCAUGAAGCAGUGAUUCAAUGUGUGAUGUCACGUACGAUAAAAGAGCUGUAAAUCUUUCCAGAUCACUUUCAAAAUCCCAGUUAAAGAUUUAUAAUUGUGAUAUAGCUACAGAAUUUUGUUCAAAGUCAGUGGAUAAAGUAUGCUUUUGUACUUACAGCCAAAAGUAAUGGCACCUGACUGUUCCUUAAUGAAUUGGCAUAACCACACAUUAUCCCCAACGCUAUGUUAUGCUACAUUUUAAGUUUCACUCUAUGGCAAGGAAUUCACAGGAACAAUGCACUUAUAAUACUACUAGAUCUUCUAGUUUUUGGUGUUAUAUUUCAUGUCACCACUUGCCUUUAAAUAGCCUGUGCUAUUAAUGCUGCAUCAAGCUGAGCAUUAGAAUGAACUCAACAGUAUCAAGGUGUUUAUGAGUAAUCCUUUAAAACUAUAUGAAUAGUGAACCACAAAAUGAGUAAACAUUUCAAUCAAUGAAUGAAGGCUAGUGUAUAAUGCAAUGUUGAGCUAAGACCUGUCAAAUUUAGAGAAUGAAAGCUUAGAAUAUAAAGGGACAUCAUUCAUAUUUUAAUAAAACCCCGGUGAUCUUGAAGCCCUAAGUGAAACCAAAAUCAGUGACUAUGUUUAUUAAAUUUUAAUCACACCUCAACAAAUAUCUUGAGAUAAAGUUACUGGUCUUGAGUGUUUUGCUCUUGGCCUCUGAAUUUGUGCUUUCAAAUGAGUACUUUUGUCAUGUCAACAGUGAGUUCCUUCUAAGUGUUUUGCCUCUGUUUUGUAAUCUCAUGAACAAUGUUUAUAAGUCUCCAAUACCUCCUGUGAGAAUUACUUACAGCACUUCGAUUUUAAGAUAUGUGAAAAAUCUAAAAUAAUUCAUGGGAAAUAUUUACAUUUCCUGACUUAAUGUUUCACUAGUCUUUGCAGUUUAUGUAUCCUUGAAGUUGGUAGUAACAUUUGCACAUGUUUUAAUAGUACAGAGAAUUGGAAAUAUAUCUAUAUAUAUAAAAAUACACAGUUACAGAAAAUGAUAUCUUAGAUUCUUGAAACAAAUGUGCUAAUUAUAUUAACAGAGUGUACAGAUUUAUUUACCAAACCCUCAAGCCAGUUCUGGUCUGGACAGCUUGCCCAUAUUUUAGACAUUUUCUCAGGGUAGUCUUGCCUCCUUAUAAAAUGAGCUUUACAAAAUAGAUUGGUCCUUGUUUCAGGUAAAUUCACCAUGUUGUGGGACUUAAAGUGACACACUAUUAAGACAAAAUUGACAAUUUCCCUUAUUUGCUACAUGUGCAUCACUGAAUUCUCUAGUCCAACAGAAAACUCACAACAGAGUGGGCAAACUUCCAGCAUCAGUUUUAAAAAAAAUACUACUUCUCAGUAGUAGAUGUUUGUGCUGUACGUUCUUUUCUAUAAAAGUAACAUGGAUAGAAUAUAGAGAGAGAUGACUGCUUUGUAACCAGUGAGAAUAUUGUCAACAACCUUUGAAGCAUGUCGUUAGUCAAUAGCUUCUCAUUAAAAAUGUUUUUAAAUAAAAAACAGGAACUACUGUAGGAGAUGGUGAAGAAAAAACGUUCUCUGAGACUUCUAAUGAAAGUGAUUACUGUACUUGUUGCUGAGUGAAUCUCCUUGAUUAUUUCAAUGUAGUACACCUUUAAAGUGAACAAGGUUUGUCCUGCAUUGAACCACAGCACAGUACCUUUCACAAAUUCCACUGAAUUUUGGGCUUUACAUUUGACUUGUUCAUAACACCUUUCUCUACUAUAUUAAAAAAUCCUCAAAAUAGUUAUGAACUAACAAAACCACACAGGCAGGCACAAACAUGAAGUCACAUCCAUACUAGUGAUUACAACUUGCUAUUAUAACAGAGCCCCUCCCUCCCCACCAUACUUUUUUUCCCCCAUUUUAACAUUUGUAUCUUGCAUGUGUUUUCAUAUUGUUCACCGAAAAAGGGGACUAGGCUGUAUUUUUUAUUAUGAUCCUACUGCAUCAGAAACGGCACUCAACUCUUUAUAUAUGUUGACAGGAAUGCUUGUGAAAACAGGUUGAUAUUCAGUGAAGACAUGGUGGAGAGGCAUAUGAAUUCACAUAAUUUUUACUUUAAGCUCCAACAGACCUACCUGUACUUCCCACAGCCUGAAAACCAAACUUACAAAUAAAGAAAGUGUAAGAUGAUAGAAGCGGAUAGUUGUUAAAAUCAAAACCCACAACCAUGUUUAAGAAUACUCUGCUUUCUUCCCUUGAUAAUUGGUUCAUUGACAUAGACAACGGCAGACGAGCCGCAGAUAUUGCAGGUCCUCUGUGACCCCAAUAUAUCACUCACUAGAAAAUAUGAACAAUUGUGUAAUGCCUUCUGAUAUUACAGCUGUUUCAGCUUUAAUUGAAACAUCAGUCUGGUUUUUCUAACCCUAAAACUAUAUCUGAAGGAGGCAAGAGAAGUGCUACACUGAUAAAUUGGCAAAUUCAUCCCAUUUUCAAAACCAAAAUCCUUUGCAUAGAUGUCCAAAAUGUGCUAAAUGAAACAUUUCUGGAUGCUAAAAGGUUACAAUUGAGGUGCUAUAAAAGGUAAAUGAUCCUUUAAUCUGCAGUAUAUGAAUCACAGUUUGAUGUCAAGGAUUGAUAAAUGUAUAAUGGUGCAUUAAUAAUAAAUGUAUUUAGGAUCUGAGCUAUUAGAUGUGAUUUGGGUCUGAUCAAGUGAAGGUAGUUAUUACAAGCAUGUGUUCAUUUGUUCCAUUUGUAAGCUUUAUCAUCAGUGGCAGAGGUACCUGAAAUGCCUUUGAGUUUUCUGUCACUUCAUCUUCUUGUGUAGACACAAACCCAUUUACCAAAACUGCCUACAGCUAACCUCUGUUAAAUAACUAAAAGCAUCAGAAGAUAUGAUUUAUUCUGAAUAGGCAAAUAUAUGCAGAGUCUUGGAAUCAUGCAUCAAGCCAUCGCUGAAAACAUCAUUGUAUAAGAUCCUGCUUGUGUUAUGUUUUUUUGUUGAAACUUUGUAACAGUUGCAUAAACUAAGCUGGCCUUC